GCUGCCUGCUCGCGCCCAGUGCAUUGUGGUCCGUGCUAAGGAAGCUGCACCGGAAUCUGAAGAAUUUGAGGUGUCCGCCACAAGUACACACGUCUCACCCCCGGUCCGCUCCUCUGCACCCCUCUGCACACCCACCGCGGCCCCCCUGUAAGGUUUAGACUACAGAGCAGAAAGGAUGUCUCAGGCAGACAAAAUGAAGGGUCAGUUCAACAACCCUGAGACCCCAGGCUAUGUUGGAUUUGCCAACCUGCCCAAUCAGGUUCAUCGCAAGUCAGUGAAGAAGGGUUUUGAGUUCACCCUCAUGGUUGUUGGUGAGUCUGGACUUGGAAAAUCCACUCUGAUCAACAGCCUCUUCCUCACUGACCUCUACCCUGAGAGAGUCAUCCCUGGAGCUGCAGAGAAGAUAGAGCGGACUGUUCAGAUUGAGGCAUCUACGGUGGAAAUUGAGGAGCGGGGAGUGAAGCUCCGCCUUACUGUGGUUGACACACCAGGAUAUGGAGACGCCAUCAACAGCCAGGACUGUUUCAGCACCAUUAUCAGCUACAUCGACGAUCAGUUUGAGCGCUACCUCCAUGAUGAGAGUGGUCUAAAUCGUAGACACAUCGUCGACAACAGAGUUCACUGCUGCUUCUAUUUUAUUUCCCCGCUGGGUCAUGGCCUGAAGCCCCUGGACGUCCAGUUCAUGAAGGCCAUCCACAAUAAGGUCAACGUGGUCCCUGUCAUCGCCAAGGCUGACACACUCACCCUCAGGGAGAGGGAGAGGCUCAAGCGCAGGAUUCUGGAUGAGAUUGAUGAACAUGGUAUCAAGAUCUACCACCUUCCUGAUGCUGAAUCAGAUGAAGAUGAAGACUUCAAAGAGCAGACCAGGAUCCUAAAGGCUAGCAUCCCGUUUGCAGUGGUAGGAUCCAACCAGCAGAUUGAGGCAAAGGGGAAGAAGGUGAGGGGUCGCCUGUACCCCUGGGGAGUGGUGGAGGUUGAAAACCCGGAGCACAACGACUUCCUGAAGCUGCGCACCAUGCUGAUAACCCACAUGCAGGACCUGCAGGAAGUGACCCAGGACCUGCACUACGAGAACUUCCGCUCGGAGCGCCUCAAACGGGGCGGCAGGUUGUCCUCCCAUGGUUACGUUCUGCCUCUCUCUCCUGCGAAGGGACCAGAGCCGGAGGAAAUGGACAAGGACAUGAUCUUGCAGGAGAAGGAGGCUGAGUUGAGACGAAUGCAGGAGAUGAUUGCCAAGAUGCAGGCCCAGAUGCAGAAGCAGGGCGAUGGAGAGGGAGACGGACCACACGCGUGAAACCCCUAUGAUUUGUUUGAGCCACGGCUUGAGUUGGACCAGAGAAGGAGAGAGAGAGAGUGAGGGAUGACGCCUGAAAAGAAGUAUAAGUCAGAGAAAGAUGCUGGUCGUUGACUCAUAUUGCUUGCCACUAUCUUAGUUUAACUUUAUUUCAGUCCUACAUGGGAUUUGGAGCUCUUUUUUACAUAUAUAUAUAUAUAUAUGCAAAACAGUGUUAUGUUUAUAUAUUUACACACAGUUCUCUUUAUAAAAUUCCUUUUUAUUUCUGUUUUGUUUCAUUUUGUUGAACUAUUGCCAGUUACACAAAUGAAGUAACAUGACCCAUCUUUAAACAUUGGGCCAUAUUUUCUUAAAUACAUAGCCACUGGGAUGUUGUUUUUAUUCCUUAUGUUUUUUUUUUCUUCCUUUUUUGCUAUUGAGAAAGCCAAAGUUUUGCUGCUGCUCCUCAGUGCUGUUGCUGAAGGUGGUUCCUUUUGGUCCCAAAACCCGACUCACGUCAUAUGCGAACUGUGGGAGAGCGCUCAAAUGGGAGACAACUACUGUACUGUGAAAAGUUAGCAGCUCUUGUUUUUUCAAGAGCAAAAAUGGUUAAUACCCUUAUCAUUAGUUAUGCCAAUGUUUGAAACUUCUAUUUUGUCAAAAGGUAACAUUUCUUUUAGUUAAGCUCCUCUAGAAAGAGGUUAAAAAAAAAAAAACAUUUAUGAGGGUCUGUCCUCUUCAGUGUUACUCCUGUUACCUGCAUGCAGCUCCUGGCCGUGUCUGAAAGGGUAAUGUGUGGUUAGAACAAAAUUCCAGGUGAAUUUUCUCAAGUGCUGUCUUGGGAUCAGCUCUCCCUUUUCCUUUCCUAAUUGCCAGAUCAGUCCACUUCUUUUGGGCUCCCCUCAGUUUCAUGACUAAUAUACACUGUGACCCUUGACUUCCUACAGUCUUCCUGUAGACCCGACACAAUGAAGGACAAACUGGGGUGUUUUUUGACUGUAACGUGCCUCUGUGGUGCUUUUAAUCAGCUUGGCUUUUUCUGCUCCCCGCGUCGCCCCUACAUUGUCAAGUGCAUCAGUGCUGUGUGAGCGUCCUAACACGUAUGUUGAAAUCAAAUGUGAUAGAUUAUAUAAAUAUAAAACAUAUGACAAGCAGACAUAUUCCUCCCCAGUUUUGUGAAGCCACAUGAAGCAUAGCCUAGUUCUAGGAUGGUGUUGCCAGGCAACACCAGCUUUUUUUUUUUUUUUUUUUCCUCUUGGACGUUCUGUCCCAGACUCCUGCUUCCAUGUUUCAGUGACGUAACUCUCAUGCAAGGCUCUGUGCAAAACAUUUUGACAAUUACAAACUUUUUUUUGCCUCCCAACUGCUGAAUACUUUGUGGUUGCCAUGACUACAAAGGAGGUCAAAGGUGAUCCAAUGGGGUCAAUGUAGCCUGUAUCUCCCUCACCAGCCAAAACCCGAGUUCUUAACAUUCCACUUUGUGCGGUUUUAUCCAAUAAUAAAGUACCAAUAUAAAGUUCUUGAUGCGCAUCUUGUAAUAAAAUUUUGUAUGAAACCUGCAA